UUGCUUUCUGCAUAAUUUAUUAUCAAAAUAGAUUUCGCUAAUCAGUCUUUAGAAACAAUUAGUGGCUAAAUAUUGAAUUUGGCAUUGUCCUUAAGAAUUCGUGUAAUUGGUAAUGAGAAAUUGUUUGUAAGUGUAAGGUUGCACAUUGGAAGAGAGAAAGGGAUGAUAAUGAACUGUGUUAGAGUGACAACUAUGGCCAUGGCUGUUCCUUCAUGGAGGCCCACGUGCUGCGCAUCUUCAUCUUCAUCUUCUUCUUCUUCUGCUUCUACAGCUGUCAUCAACACAGAGCAACUGCGUUCUCAGAUUGAUCAUCUUCAUGCUGAGGCUGACGCCACCAGAGCCAAGGCAACUAAUGCUAGAUUGAGGCUUCUGCGGUUGUCAGAAGCUGCGGAGAAGCUUCAAAAACAGGCAGUUAUAAGCAUUCAAAAGGGGGAGGAAAAUUAUGCAAGGGAAAUGCUUUUUCAGAGGAAGAAGGUGUUGCAGGCUUUGGACAAGUCUAAAAGACGCAUUGAAUUGCUUGAUGAGCUUUCCGCAAAGUUAAGUGAGUUUCAGGCAAUAUCUUUGAAAGAAAGUCAGCUAAUUGGAAAUGUUAAUGUGAACAUUGAAGACCUAACAAAAGAUGCUUCAAGUCCAGUUCGAAUUGUUGCCCCAAAGGAGGAAGUUCAAAAUGAUUUCAGUAAGGAUGACUCAGAUCCUGAAACGAUGGACUUCGACAAUAUUCAAGAUGUGCAACUGUCUAUCGAAAGUGAAGGAAAUUCACUGGAUGUUAAGGAGAUUCAGAAUCUUCAGGAAUUCGUUAGUGUAGGAAGUUCAAAUGAAGACAGUAUAGCCAGAAACUUGUCAGAAAUAUCCUCGUAUGAGGAUUUCAUGGAACGGAUAGAUAAAAAACUCAGUGAAAUUGAAGCUGAACUAGUUACUGUUUUGAACGUCUCAACCUUGGUACUUGGUAAUGAAGAGAGACCAAAUAAUUCCAGGUUGCAACAAACAAUCGAACUCCUUGAGACCAUCCAUGGGAUUAGGCAGAGAAUUAGAAGAACCAAGGAGGCAAAACUGAGGAUCUGAUAAAUUUUGUUUUGCUUAACACAUCUUCUACAUCCAGGUCAGAACUAAGUUCAUUGGAAGAAAAAGGUUUGCAAAAUUUUUCUUGUAUCACUUAAUGUGGAAACAGGAAAGGUACAUCCGAGAUGCUUGUUAUUAGUUUAUUAAAAUGAAGUGUUAUUAUCUUCAUUUAGCAUUAUUCUUUCUAAAUUGCGAUCAUAUGAUUGAUCAUGGAGGAAUAGCAGAUUGAGAAAUUUGCCAAAGGAGUAAGGACUAAGAAUAGCCUAGUGUAGUUGCUUGUCCGUUGUUUCAAACUUUUCUAACCUUAAUCUGUCUCAUAAAUGAACGUAGUAAUGAAGUAUUUUUGGAGGAUUUCCAUUAAAUGUUUUGUGUAAGGUAAUGCAGCAUCACUUACCUUGCAGGAGUUGGCAACCUAGUGAUGUCAUAUAUGAGUCUAAUGAGACAGUUACAUAUAAGAACGUACAUACACACACAUGUAUAUAUAUGUUUUGGUAAAUCAUGCUUUUAAUCACUCAUCAACUGGUAUGAAUAGAUGACAAAUUAACUCAAUUAUUAAUAACUAACUGACCGAACCAUUUGUUUGGUAUUACUACUGCUAUUGUUUUAGCUGCUGAUUUUCCAAGUCUAUUAUCGUGAUGAAUGCCACAAUCCUAAAUUUGCAUACCCGAAUUGUUACAAAAGGGCAGUGUUGUCACCACAAGUUUUAAACUAGUUGCUUUAUAGAAUUGUAACCAAAACCUUUCAAUUGCAGAAAAUGUUCAAAACAAAAAAUCUAUUCAUAACUAGACUGCACAAAUUUCUGUGAACUAAUGUACUAAUUAUACUAGCACCUUCUGCAGUUUUCUUGCACCUGAAAUGUCCCUUGCAUGAUAUUUAAAACAUAUUAGUUUGAAGUAUGGCAUGCUUAACUACUAUCACAAACACUUGCACACAAACCUACCAAAUACAAGAUGUUUAAUGGUAGUCAUUCAGAUGUACAGCCCCUUUUUCUCCCAUCUCCGAGUACCAUUUGAUGCAAGAAAAUUGUCAAAUAUUAUUCAGAACAGAGUACCACAAAAUUCCAAAUUGUGUAUUCUUUUUACAUCGAGGUAUGACAUCACAUAAGGAAACCAAUAGAACUAGGAUUACAAAGUAAGAGUAAUAAUGGGGCACCCGUGAUGGUAUGCUUUUCAAUUUUCACAAGUGUUGGUGCAAGUAAAGGAAAUGCUUCUAUUCACUGAGUAUCCCGUAUUUCAUGCGUAUGGACAACUGAUUUCAAAUGGUUGGUAAUGACGUGCAUCACACACUUUUAGUUUUUGACCAAAAAAUAAUGAGGGAUGAGCUAACACCAAAGUUAUCUUUGUGGGCUGAUCAUUGUCUCAGGUUUCAGUAGCAGAAACAGUCGCUCCAUUCACAGGAUAAGAUUGCAAACACGGUACACUCUACAGUAGUUGAAGUCUCGUAUACUGUUCUGGCCUUUUAGAAGAGAUGUUUGAAUUACACAGUUCCCAUGAGGUCAGCAAGAGUAAUCUUGCAAUGCAUGCCAGCUCGUUUUGAUGCGUUUAAGACUUCAUUUCUCUAUUGCAACAUAUAUAGUCCGAAGCCAUUGUCAACCAACCAUAUUGGAAUAUUAUGUCACUAUUAAUUAUGAGGACCAAACAGUUGGAAUUUGAACUGAGUUCAUUUUCCAUUUUCAGCUACAUAUAGUUCAUAAGGUCAUUCUGCUGUUUUGGGUGAAAUCAUAUGACGAUGAGAGAGAUGAGAAAGGACUUUUAACUAAGAUGAUGCAAAUUUACAGUGAGUGUUGCGACAACAGUGAAAGAGGUUUGAACUGCUUGAUAUUUUCUUGAUUUAAAAUAAAAUAGUUCUUGGAAACGGUGGUAAACUAUAUAUGCACAUGUUCCGAUACAAGAUUACGAGGAUCUUUGAUUUCUGUCCCGUUCAUGCUUUUUAUAACUGUUGUAAAGGAAAAACAACUAGAAAAUGUUCAAGUAAACUGAUCUACUCAUGAU